AUGUGCAUCGGCUGUACCAGCUACCUCUUGCUAAUUUUCUACCUAACAAACCAUGCGCUCGCCAAUUUCAACUGCCCCUCGAGCCAGGAAUGCCAGCUGCUGCGCUCCUUCUGCAAGCCGAUCAGCUGCGUCGCCGGCUUCGAGCCGCGCGUCCCGCCCUGCAACUGCUGCGAGGAGUGCGCCCCCGUCGGCUGCAAGCAGCAGGAGGACUGCGCCCGCGCCCGCUGCCCCAAGACCUACUGCCAUCCGUCGCAGCAGCUGAAGCGGCUGCCGUGCAAGUGCUGCCCCGAGUGCCUGAACAAGGGCUGCAAGGUGCCCGGCGAGUGCGACCGGGCGCUGUGCCCGAAGCUGGUGUGCCACGCGUGGCAGAGCGCCGUCGCGGCGCCCUGCGAGUGCUGUCCGGUGUGCGAGCCGAAGGAGUGCGGCCCGGCGGGGAACGGGACGGGGUGCCCCCCGGGCCGGCAGGAGGAGCUGGGGGAGUUGGAUUUGGACGCGGUGAUGUGCCCGGCGUUGAGGUGUAAGGGGGAUUUGGUGGCGAAGAAGCUGGUUGGGCGGACGUGUCCGUUGUGCGUGCCUGAGAGGUGCAAGAGCGCUUUGGAAUGCGCUAAGGUGAUUUGUAUUACGCCGAUUUGUAAACGGCAGGAGUUUUUGUAUAAGAGUCCUUGCGAUUGUUGCGCGAGUUGCGUGUCCGGUCGGUCUUUUAUUUAUAAAUUCGAUGAGGCUUAUUUGAAGGUUUGA